AUGGGGUGGCUUCUUUUCCUUCUCUGGUUCAUUUCAGUUCAAGCAGAGGUCGUGUCGCUACCAUCAAAUGCCACAAUCCAGAUCCAAUCCACUGGGUUUCAUAUUGAGGGAAGCACUUUGACUGGCCAGAAGCUGGUCCCCGUAGCCGGGUCGCUGAUUCAAUCGACCACUGUCCAACUUAAGUCCUUUAAUGUUUCCGGCACUGCCACUCAAGUCAUCCCAAGCAAUUCCCUUGACUUAAAGAGCUCGCAAAUCGCUUGCAUAUCCUGCGAUCAGAACGACUAUACCGGAAAUAUCCGAGUUGACGAGACAAUUGAAUACGUCACAUCUGCUCAAUCCGCAGCCGCCAUUCUGCUGUACAGCAAAACAGCUACCGGCUGCAAUUUCACUUCAGAUGAUCAGACCGUUGCACGGUAUCCCAAUAUCUUCACAUUCACAAGCCGAGGCGGCUAUCCUGCACUGCUCAGUGCUUUCCAUCAACAAACAACUAUCAGCAUCGUCUCAAUGUCGUACCUUGCGGCCGUUCCUUCUGAUGGCGAUCCAGGUGGCUCGGGUAACAGUCCCAACACUGCCAUGAUCAUCCUGUACAGUAUUACAGGUAUCAUCACUGCCCUAUUCCUGGGGAUUAUCAUCACAGGUGCUGUCCGGGCUCAUCGCCAUCCAGAGCGAUAUGGCCCUCGCCGAAUUGCCGGGCGAGUCCGGCAAAGUCGAGCCCGAGGGAUAGCUCGAGCCAUGUUAGAUACCAUACCGGUGGUCAAGUUUGAUGACAGAAACGAUGACGUGGAGGCCGCCAAACGAGACGUCGAGAUGACCAUGGCCUCUGAGGAUGCCACUCACGAACCCCUUUCAUCUCAGGCCGAUGGAAAUACGGGCGUAUCGACGCCGCACGAUUCUGAAAUACCUACCUCAGAAGAGAACGAGCGCCCUACUCCCACAGCCCCCGAAACCAAGACCGAGAUGCCCGAUACAGGGAAUUUCUCGUGUCCGAUUUGCACGGAUGACUUCGUCAAGGGCCAAGAUCUACGUGUACUGCCUUGUAAUCACCAAUUCCACAUGGAAUGCAUUGAUCCAUGGUUGAUGAAUGUGUCUGGCACCUGUCCUCUUUGCCGCAUCGACCUCAACCCACCCCAACCCGAAAACCCGGAACAAACCGAAGAAAGCACCGAUCAAGCAGACCAACUCGCAGGAGGCGGACCGGUCCUCACAACAGAAGAAGCCCGCCAGCAAGCCCGCCACACGCAUCGCCGUCUAACCAACUACCUCCAUGGACCUCUCAACGCCCGACGAAUGCGCGAUGCUACAAUUGAGGAGCGUAUCGCCGCGCUCCGACGCAUCCGCGAAGCAAACCAAGCCGAGUCCGUGCCCGAAGAAGGAUCACGUCGUAGUCUGACCACCCGACUACGCGAUCGUUUCCGUAUCCGAACACGCGCUCACGGUGCCGAGGCUGAGACAUCUGACGCCGACAAUCCUGCGCCUUCUCCGGCGGCUCCGGCGGCUCCGGCGUCCGUCCAUCUUACGCCGUCUAUUGCAUGA